AAAAUUAACCAGACGGGGUCGAUUCAAAAAUCGAGGCACCAAAAAUUUUAAAUUUUGGCGCGUCUUAGCCAUAGAGUACUAAUUCAACCCUACUUUCCUGUCUCUUGACAACGACAUUCGACAGAACACACUAUGAUUGUAUCGUGUAGAUCCACCAUUUCAAUCUUUUUGUUCUAGUGGAGUGAAGUGAAUGAACCCUAUUUAUCUAGGGGUGUUUAUAUACUCUUUGCUAGGGUCGAGGUCGAAGAAUGAAUGGUCGGUGAUUUCAAACCCGAGUUUCGAAACGUUUGGUUGAACCUUGAAUUACCGUUGAAUUUUGAAAAUUAUACAUUAGUCUGCUAGUCUUCUCUUCAAGGGAGAAAUGCAUAUCAACAUAAAAUAUAUAAUAAAUAUAUCAAAGACGUUCCUAUUGUGAAUACUGCUGUGCCGGCUGUGCCUAUGUUAUUUUUCUAACCAAAACCAUUAUCCACACUAAGAGUUGUAAAUAGAUCGUAGGUAUAAAGUUGUAAUUAAAUUAACAAUAAUGAAUCUCUCAGAAACUUUGAAAAAGCAUUCAAAAGACGGCGACGCAGACAAGUUAGUUUACGUCUAUACUUUUAAAUGUCCAGUUGGUAAUAUUAUUGCUGGUGCUGAUCAAGAUUUCUUAUACUUUGUGUGCUUUGAAGACUCGAAAAACAUUGACAAAAUUUUCAAAACAGUCUCAGAGAAGUUCUCAUGUGAAUUUAUUGAAGGGAGAAAUAAAAUUUUGAAAAUGUUGGAGAAUGAGAUACAGGGAUACUUUGAUGGUAAACUAAAAAAAUUCACUGUACCUAUCAAGACAUUUGGUUCCGAGUUUCAAAAAGAGGUGUGGGAUAAACUCAUGGAAAUACCAUAUGGGACUACACAGACUUAUGGUACCCUUGCUCAGGAAAUGGGCCGGCCUGCAAGUCAUUCAAGAGCUGUUGGUGCAGCGUGCGGGGCCAAUGCACACCUCUUAGUAAUACCGUGCCAUAGAUUGGUUGCCACUGGAUCAAAGGGUGGCUUCAGUAGUGGUGUGGAUCGUAAGGAGUGGUUACUAAAGCAUGAGAAAGAGUUUGCCUCGUAAUAAAAACAUUUGACCCAUACCUUGCCAAGUGUCUCGAUAAAGCAGGUCAGGUUUUCGGUUGUGUGUGUGUUUGGCCAAAUUAGAUGGUGUCUUGCAUAGAGUAGGACAUUUGAGUAAGCGGGUAGUAGUAAGUAUAAGUAAUGAAUGAUUAUUGAAAAAGAAGGCUAAUUAAUCUUUAGAAUUGAAGCAGAUUUUAUGGUCAAUGAUAAAAGCCUUGUUUUACUUUGUUGGGAAAAAAUGUGCUGUGUUAUACUAAGACUAAAAUAAUCUUGUCCAGCCUAUUAACCCAAAUGUCCGGCUAAAUUGACUGGUCUGUCUGAUUUUUUUUAUUU